CUUCAAACCAGAGUCCAGAGAUGAUGAGUACAAACUUCAGAAUCCAUCCAGACUUGUCCAGAAGAAUGUUAGGUUAAUAAAAAAAAAAAACGAUAACCCAUCUCGUCCACGUGUCAUCUCUUUCCUCGACGAGUCACGAAGUUUCUAUAUUUAGAACCAACAUUUACAUAUAUAUAACCAACUCCCCUGCAUUUCUAAUCUCAUAGAAAUCAAACAAACAGUUCAAUAAUUUGUUUGAGAUUGUAUUAAGAAAUUGUCUUUGCGAAUUGAUUAGUGAAUAUUUUUUGGGUAUUUGUGAGAUGUGGCAGACGUGGAAUACGCCUUACCGGAAAGAUGACGUGGAGGGCGGAGCAAGGGCGUUGUAUCCGACGAUGUUGGAGAGUCCAGAACUCCGCUGGACUUUUAUUCGGAAAGUUUACUCUAUUUUGAGUCUUCAACUUCUUCUCACAAUUGCAGUUGCCUCUGUAGUUGUUACAGUUCACCCAAUUGCACAUUUCUUUGUGUCAACUGGGGCAGGGUUAGCUCUGUAUAUUGUUCUUAUAAUCACUCCCUUCAUUACAUUGUGCCCAUUGUAUUACUAUCACCAGAAACAUCCAGUCAACUUUUUGAUUCUUGGGUUGUUUACAGUUGCUUUAGCCUUUGCUGUGGGAUUGACUUGUGCGUUCACUAGUGGCAAGGUAAUAUUGGAGUCCGUCAUAUUGACGACAGCAGUGGUGCUUAGCCUAACAGUGUACACAUUCUGUGCAGCAAAGAGAGGCCACGAUUUCAAUUUUCUAGGACCAUUCUUAUUUGGUGCUCUCAUUGUUCUCAUGUUGUUUGCCUUCAUCCAGCUUCUGUUCCCAUUGGGUAGGAUCUCUGUGAUGAUCUAUGGGUGUCUAGCCUCAAUUUUAUUCUGUGGAUACAUCGUUUAUGAUACAGACAACCUAAUCAAGCGCUAUACUUACGACAAAUAUAUCUGGGCUGCAGUUGCCUUGUAUCUAGACGUUAUCAAUCUCUUCCUAUCUAUAUUGACUAUCUUCAGAGCUUCUGAAAGUUAAGGGAGACAGCCAUACAUAUGAUUAUCUUUUUCCUUUUUUAUUUAUGGUCUUAUAAGUUAUUUGGGUGCAAUAGUAGUCGGUGCAUAGAUGUAAUUGGAUACUAUGACUCAUGUAUGUUUUUAUAUACUAUAAAGUUAAAAGAAGCUUCUUUUAGAAGCUUUUCCACCUCCCAUCCUCACCAAUCCACCCUACCCUACCCACCCUACCCUUGAUCUUAUCUGCUCUUGGGGUUCUAAACCUUAAGCUACUCGAGCAUCAAAAGGUUGUUAUCUGUUGGUUUUGGUAAUGAAGUUGUAUUGAUUGCACCUGCGGACUCAAAAUUUAUACAUUUGUUUAGUCAAGUAUACGUAAACUGACUCGAAUACUGUUAAUUUA